AUGGGGGGAGGCUCUUCAACCCCUUUGGCUCUCAUGGUCAAACACUUUUCUGAAGUCUUUGAUACUAGCACCUGCAAUAUAGAGGCCAUGAAGACUAAGUGUUCCUGGGACUGGCCAGGACUCAGACCCCUGGUGGAUUGGCCCUCUGAAGGUACUUUUUAUGGUCCGGCCAUUUCCCGCCUCUGGAACGUAGUCAUAGUGGAAGGCAAUCCUGGAUGUCCCGAGGAUAUCCAUUAUGUGGAAGGAUGGAAGAAGGUGGCUAACAAUCUACCGCCCUGGGCGAAGAAAUGGGUGGAAAAUGCAGCUAUGAUUAUGCUAACUCAGGUUAAGAAGGCCCCUAAGGCGGGUCGCAAAAUGAAUCAGAAGGCCAAGGUGCAGCCCGACCUGUGUUAUACUGUCACCCGGAAACAGAAAACAGCUUCAGAAGACCAGGCCGAGAAAUCAGAAAAACUUGUUUUAGGAACUCAGCCUGAAGAAUCACCUCUGCCGUAUGUGUGUCCUUGUCCAUCUCCGGCACCAUCAGCUCCACCACCCCUUGUAACUGAGACUCGGUCGGUAGAGCAUGAGACUCCGGAUAAACACCUAUACCCUCUGCUGCCCGGGGCAGAGGGUCAAGAAAGCCCCGCAGGAGAGGGCGUUGAAAUCCUCUGGAGAUCUGCCCGAUUAAUAGAAAAAGAGUUGGGGAAGCCCAGCCCCUUUAAACAGAGGAAAGAGAUAAGUACCAGUCAAAGAAGGGACAAAAAUACAGAUGAAAGCAACCUUGCAGACUCUAAGAUCCUGCCUGUUCGCACCGUCCCAGCUAUGGUUCCCGCCUCAGACCCAAUUGAUCCCGGCAAAGUAGUCUACAAAUCGGUUGAUACCUAUACGUAUGUGCCAUUUAGUUCCUCCGAUUUGCUCAACUGGAAAAAUCAUGGACCAUCGUACAAGGAGGAACCGGAGAAAUUUGUGGAUAUGGUUGAAGGUAUAGUGUCAGCUCAGAACCCCACCUGGUCUGAUAUACAACAGUUACAGGGAUAUUUGAUGACUACGGAGCAACGAAUGCAAAUUCAGACUAACUUGGAAGAGGCUGCAGGCAAAAUUGCCAAGUGGGAGGGAGUGGGUGACGAAGAUCGAGCAAUGUAUAUAGCCAGAUAUGCUCCAACUGUAGACCCACGCUGGGACCUUUCUAGUGGAGCGGACCGUAUAGCCAUGCGUCAGUACCAACAAGCUUUUAUCGAAGCGGUGGAAAAGGGCCGGAAGCGAAUGAUGAACAUGCAAAAGAUCCACAAUGUAGUCCAGGAAAAGGAUGAAAGCCCUGGGGCUUUUCUUGAACGACUUUUUAAGGCAUACCGGAGAUACACCCCCAUAGACCCUGAGGAUGAAAGGAACCGACAGACAGUGGCGCUGGCCUUCGUGUCCCAAUCAGCACCGGACAUCAGAAAGAAGUUACAGAAAGCUGAGGGCUUCGAAGGAAUGCCCCUCAGCCAGUUAAAGGUCCUAGCAGAUAAAGUAUUUCUCAAUCGAGAUGUGGAAGAGAAACGGGAACAAGUAAAACGGAUGAAGGAAAAGGCUAAUCUUCUUGCAGCUGUCCUGAGGCCCCAGGAGUCACGAGAACAAUUCCCACACCCUCGUCCGUCUUUAGGAUAUGGCCGAGUCACCGCCACGGCUAACGGACAGCCUCUGACGUUGACUUGCCCCCUCCAAGAAGCCUGGAGGCUCGGACCAGCCAUGGGUCUGUGUGCACCGGCAAUUAUUCAUCAGUCACCGACAGCCCUCCGUGUCAUCGGGGCUGUGCCCGGAGUGUGGGCUGAAGAUCACCCUGGAGGGUUGGCCAGACUGGCCAUACCCCUUCGGAUAGAAUUAAAGGACGAUUACACCGUAGUUAAUCAAGCCCAGUACCCAAUUCCAGCAGAGGCCCGAAUCUCCAUGCAUGAACAUUUGGGGAAAUUAGUUCAACUUAAGGUCCUGGUACCAACCACAUCUGCUUGGAAUACCCCCUUAUUACCUGUAAUAAAGCCCAGUUCUGGACCAGUCCCCCUCUAUCGUCCAGUGCAAGACCUCCGAUUGGUAAAUCAGCAAACCAAAGAUAUUGUGGCGGCGGUCGCUAAUCCAUACUCUCUGAUAGGUUUGAUCCCUGGAGGAAGUCAGUGGUAUUCUGUGAUUGAUUUGAAAGACGCUUUCUUCACUAUCCCCUUACAUCCUGAUUCUCAAGCAAUCUUUGCUUUUACCUGGGAACAUCCACAGACUGGUCGGAAAAGACAGUUCACCUGGUCACGGUUGCCUCAAGGGUUCAAGAAUUCACCCACCCUGUUUGGCCAGCAACUAGCCAAGGACCUUCAGCAAUUCCAAGAAGAGGUUGGGUUAGUGCUUCAGUAUGUAGAUGACCUCCUCCUGCCCUGCCGGACUGAACAAGAAUGCUCCACCGACACGGUCGAAUUACUCAGAUGGCUCCAGAACUGUGGGUACCGUGCUAGUAGGGCCAAAGCUCAAAUAUGUAGCCAAGAAGUCACCUACUUAGGAUUCACGAUCAAGAAGGAUACCCGUGUUUUAGGCAGUAGUAGAACCCAGGCUAUUAAUUGCCUGCCCUGGCCUACCAACAAGAAGGAGCUCCGUGUAUUUUUGGGAAUGGCUGGCUACUGUCGUAUUUGGAUUUUAGAUUAUGUUUCCAUGGCUAGACCAUUAUACGAUCUGUUAACAGGAAGGGUGCCAGAAUCUUGUCCCAUAAAUUGGACAAGAGAAGAAAUCCAGGCCUUAGAACGGUUAAAGCAGUCAUUAACUAGCUCACCUGCUUUAGGGUUACCAGACAUUACUAAACCCUUUCAGCUUUUUGUCGAUGAGAGAAAAGGAACCGCUGUGGAAGUUCUCACCCAGCAAGUUGGAACCUGGAACCGACCGGUCGCGUAUCUCAGCAAAAAUAUGGAUCCUGUUAGCCGAGGAUGGCCAGGCUGUCUCCGGAGUAUAGUGGCAGCCUCGCUUCUCUUGACAGAAGCUGUCAAACUGACGUACGGCCAAACUAUAGAAGUGACUGCAUCCCAUUCUAUCCAAUCUUUACUAGAAGUGCAUGGGCCUAAAUGGAUGACCAACUCUCGCUUGGUAAAAUAUCGAGCCCAGCUAUGGUAUGCUGUGGUCACUGAAGAUCAAAUCCUAAUGGCUAAACCUCUGCCACCUGGUACGUCUGCCCAGAAAGCCGAACUCAUAGCCCUAAUUGAAGCCUUGAAGUGGGCUGAAGGGAAAAAGGUUACCAUCUACACCGAUUCUAAAUAUGCUUUCUUAACUGUUCAAGUACAUGGAGCCCUUUAUCGGGAAAGAGGAUUUCUGACUGCAGAAGGCAAGGAGGUGGCACAUGCCCCUGAAAUUCACCAAUUACUGGAAGUCAUUUGGAAGCCUGCACGAGUGGCUGUAAUCCAUUGUCGAGCCCACACAGGGAAAGCUAACCCUGUGGCUAGAGGGAAUGCUAGAGCUGAUAAGGCUGCCAAAGAAGCCGCCCUGGAAUCCUUACCCAAGACUGACAAUAUAAUGACUAUUUCGUUACCCUCUCUGACUCAGGGCCCGCAAUAUACCCAGGAAGAAAUUGAGGAGAGUCAGAGACAAAAUUAUACCCUUCAACAGGGCUGGUAUGUUCUUACUGAUGGCAGGAUUUGGGUACCCCAAAGGUUAGCCCGUACGGCCGUUUUCCAUAUGCACAAUCAAUGCCACCUAGGAAAAGAGGCACUCCGACACUUAAUUGAGAAUAUGUUUAUUGAUAAACUUGCUUCCCUGUGCACUGAAGCAUCUCGACGAUGUGUAACUUGUGCCCGAAACAAUCCCCGAAGAGGACCCGUCCCUGAACCAGGCCAGAUUCUCCGGGGAAGUCGCCCGUUUCAAGUGAUCCAGGUGGACUUCACCCAUAUGCCACCAGCCGGGGGCUACAAACUUUUAUUAGUGACUGUAUGCACCUUUUCCUGAUGGGUUGAGGCCUGGCCAGUCCGGUCUGAAGGAUCCAAGGGAGUAGUAAAGCAUUUACUUGAGGACAUCAUCCCCAGGUACAGGUUACCCCGACAGAUCAACAGUGAUAACGGCGCAGCCUUCCAAGCUGAAGUGACGGAAAAACUCAGCAGAGCUCUUGGAGUGGACUGGAAACUCCAUUGUGCCUGGAGACCUCAGAGCAGCGGAGCGGUUGAACGGGCCAAUCAGACCCUCAAAUUGCACCUCAGGAAAAUGUGCGCGGAAACAAAGACUAAAUGGAUUCAGAUGCUGCCGGUGGCUUUGUUACACAUGAGAUGUACACCUGGAGCUAAUGGUCUCACCCCAUAUGAACUGGUUUACGGGAGGCCACCACCUUUGCCUGUGGCAGUGGAUACCCUGACAUUAAGGGGGGAAAUAAACCUGAAAUAGGUCAAUACACAGAACAGAGCCCCUUGGGACUCACCACCCGUCCAUGGAUUCCGCCCCGGAGAUACAGUAUGGGUCAAAAGUUACAAGGAAGAUGCAUUGGGAAAAAUUUGGGAAGGACCUUUUGUUGUCUUAUUAACUACCCCUACUGCCUUAAAGGUUGAAGGAAAUCCUACCUGGAUCCACUGGAGUUGCGCUAAAAUAGCCUCUCCGGAAGGAUGGACGAUUGCCAACCAGAGAGACCUGAAGAUGACCUUGAGAAGGGAGGCCACCCCGCGGGACGCGACGGGAGAAGCCUCCUCGGGACCGGCAACCGAGGGAGCGAAAUAG